AUGUCAAUGCCUUCAUCACCAUCAGCAUCUCCUUCACUUACAUCGUCUGCAGAGAGACAACUUAGAAGACCUGGUAUACAAUUGGAUACGGAUGGAUGUUUGAUUAAACGUGUAUUGAAGGAGGGUCAUGGUGAACUACCACCAGCACGAGGCGCAAUAGUCACUAUACAUUACGAAGCAUACUUAUCGAGUGGACCUCUAUUCGAUAGUAGUGUACAGAAUAACACACCGUUGACAUUCAAGCAUGGUCAAUCAACUGUUGUCGAGGCAAUUGAGAUGGCCAUACCAACGAUGCGUGUUGGUGAGGAUGCUGAGAUCGUCUCAACACAGCGCUACGCCUAUGGCAAGAAUGGCAUGCCUCCCUUCGUCCCGCCCAACACAUCCAUCACCUAUAAAGUUCAGCUCAUCUCAUUCAAGAUUGACAAUGUCAAUGACUACAACAACUUUGAUACAUUGCUUGCCAAGGCCAAGAAUGAGAAGGAUAAGGGCAAUGAGUACUUUAAUCAACAGAGACACAAGUUGGCAAUGAAGAGAUACAUUAAGGGAGUAUGGCUACUUGGAGACAGUAGAUAUACGAUGGCAUUGGACGAUACAAGGUCAAAGAACCUCAAGGAGUUGCUCAUUGUGUUGUACUUGAACUUGGCAACAUGUAAUAUUAAGUUGGCCAAUGGCAGACUGGCGUUAACCAAUUGCGAGAAGGUCAUGGAGUUGGGCGGAAGCAGUGCCAAGUUCUACUUCCGCAUGGGUCAAGCCUAUUCACUCAACAAGCAAUACGAAUCAGCCAAGCGAUGCCUUGUUCAAGCCAUUCGUCUGGAACCCAACGAUGUCAAACUACGCGAGGAGUUGGAGAACAUCAAGAAGAUGCUACAGUAG